GUAGAUCUUCACCGAGGGGGUUGUGUGCACGCAUUUCACGGAGCGGUACUCAAACUUGGACAUCAGUCGAGCUCUUCUAGCACAACCACAACCGCACCGGGUCUCACUUACUCUGAACCCCCCCUUUUGUUCUUCGCAGUCUCUGUUUUCGCCCUUGUUUGGAGAAAACACAACAAGAACGGAGAGAUUAUAGAUCGAAGACGGCUUCAGUGAGCGUGCGUGCUGCGCUUACCCCUGAGCCAACCCAACUCUGCCCCUCGGCUCCUGGGUGGUCAGCAUCGACCACUCAGGCCCUGCGGCUUGGACGGUGGCCCAGCAGUGUACAAGCCGCGCAGGCCGCGGCUGAGCAUUCUCGUCGCUUAGUCGGCGACGACAUCAUCACAGCACGAUGGAACCACACCAGAGUACAGGCAACGAUGCGAUGGACCCGCACAAUGGCAGAGAAGAAAGUCAGGCCUAUUCUUCGUCGCCAGUUUUCUUCCCAACACCAAACAACAAGAUCAGGCCGACCUCGGAUGAAGAGAUCGCUGCCGACGUUUCCAACCUCCAACCACCAGAAUCAACCGAGACACCGAGACCAAACUCCACGCCAAUAUCAAACAAGGACGCCGAGAUGGAGGCAGCUCGCGAAGUUACGCUGGAAAUGUUGCACGAUCUUGGCGGAGACGACUUCGGCGCCUUCUUCUUCCUCGGUCUCUUCGCCAUCUUUCUCGUUUCGGCAGUCGGUUUUUUCCUUCUCUCCUGGUCCUGGAUUACCGCCAUCAUCGGCGUCUUCAUCGGUUUCGUCGUGGUAAGCCCAACAUGCCCGCUCGUCUUGACCGUGUUUCCCCCCUUCCCGAUCGAUCUCUGACUGACGACCGUCUC